AGUCGUCAAAAUGGCCGACCAGCCCGUCACGCUGAGAACGCGCAAGUUCAUCCGGAACCCUCUUUUGGGCCGCAAGCAGAUGGUCGUGGACAUCCUCCACCCCAACCGCGCCAACAUCUCCAAAGAUGAGCUCCGUGGCAAGCUCGCUGAGCUUUACAAGGCCUCUCAGGACCAGGUCAACGUCUUCGGUCUCCGGACGCACUACGGUGGUGGCAAGACCACUGGUUUCGCUCUCCUCUACGACUCCGCCGAGGCUCUGAAGACCUUCGAGCCUCACUACCGCCAGGUCCGCAUUGGUGCCGCCACCAAGAUCGAGAAGGCCAGCAGACAACAGCGCAAGCAGCGCAAGAACCGCAGCAAGACUGUCCGCGGUACUGCGAAGGCCAAGGGUGUCAAGAAGGAGAAGAAAUAAGCGACUGUUUGAUUGGGGCCGGGUUGACGGUUGGGAGACUGUUCGGGUUCGGAUUGUGGAAGUGGAUAUUGCAUGCACCAGCGGAUGUAUAUCUACACUUUUUUCUGAUGAAUUUAUACCGCAUUCCGACCUGGUGGAGACACCAGAGUUUCCUUUCGCACUUCUGCUGGGUUUAAAGGGCUUUCACAAGCAAUUUCAAAAUGUUUUCGAAUCUUCACACUGAUGUGUUCAUGGAACUGCGAUCUGCCAUUCGUGCUAGAUAAUACCUCGUUCCCCGGACAAAUAUUUCCCUCGGUCUUCAACAAUGAUGUUGUUUGACAUCAUAUCUCCGUCAAUAUUCCGCCCCAUUUGGUUUUUUUCCCGAAAUCAUGGCCCUUUGUCGUUGAAUGCAGUGGUCAAUUGUCAAAUGCCUAUCUGCGAAGGGAUCCUCUUUUCCCUGGCAUAUCUCAAAGGGACGGGAAAGUGGAUUAGCCAGGUAACCAGUGUAAAUCCUCCC